GUGGAUGGACAUUUGAAAUUCAGACCCGGGAAAACAGCGUCGUGAGUCCGAACAGAACAUGAGUGAGCUGGUGGACAUCAGCCUCCACCUGCAGAACAGGAUAUCAUCCCUGCACCGUAUACUGGACCUGUCAGCUGCUGAGCUGCCUCAGAGUAAGAUGAAGAAACUUGGACAGGAGCUCUUUGGUCUGGAGAGACUUCUGGAGCAGUUUGAGAAAUAUGUUGAACAACAGAGGGAGCAGCUGAAGCAACUAAAGGAAAUUGACCAGUUUUUCCAGAAUGAUAUGAAGGACGUUCAACACAUGAAGGACAACAUCCCUGCACACAUGCCCAGGAAGAAAGGCGCAGGAAGUGGAAAUGAACCUGUGAAGAAGAAGGAAGAGGCAGCAGAUGUUCACAUCACCCAGACAGAGACCGUCAGAAAGACCAAGACCCAUGUCAGAGAGGUGGAGUUCAUUACCAUGCCAGAGUUUGAUGGCAUCCCUCAGUACAUGAAAGGACGUGUAUCAUAUGACCAGCUCAAUGCUGCUGUGCAGAGCAUCAACACAGCUGUAACAGCCAAGUAUAAGAUCCUCCAUCAGUCUCUGAAGACUCUGCACAAUCAUGCUCGAAAGCUGCAUCAGCGCUUCAAGGAGCAGGAGACCAAACACACUAAAGAAAGACACCUUCCUAAUCUCCCCUCCCUCUACCCCUCCUGUUCGUUCUGCUAUCGCGAGAAAGGUCUACUGACGAUCGCACAUGCUCUGCAGAGAAACACACAGGGAGAGAGAGAGAAACAUAUGUUAGUAGACGUGGCUAUUUUACAAGCACAGACCAGGUCAGUACUUCGUGGUGGAGGAUGACAUUCGGGAGUUCACUCAGAUGAAGGUGGACAAACGGUUUCAGGGGAUCCUGAACAUGCUGCGACACUGUCAGCGUCUGAAGGAGCUACGGGGGGGAGGCCUCACCCGCUAUGUGUUGUUAUGAACGAACAAGAGUCAGUCAGAUGGAUUAGGCUGUCGUCAGGGGUUUCUUUGUUGCCUGGUUGAUUCUUGUCAUGGUGGUGUUUUAUGUCUGCUCUGUCAGACCGUCAGAUUAGUUCUGUUAUAUAUAUUAUAACACAGUGACAGUGUGACAUUGUAGAACUUCUGUUUGUGCCACAGUUACUGUUUAUUUUUCUGAUGAUGAAAUAAAAAACAGCUUUA